AUGUCCGCGCUCGUGAUCGCCGCUGCCCUGCUUUGCGCAUUUGCCGGCCACCUUGGUGCCGGAGCUAGUCUUCACUGCGCUAUGAGAAGAGAAAUUUCACCAUGUACAUGCAGACGUGAGGAUAUUGGUACCGGUGCUAUCCUUGUCAUCUGUCAACGUAUCAGCACCUAUGAGGAUAUUGCGAAGGCCCUCACCAACAAGUUCAGUCCCGAGACCAAAAUCGGUCUCGAUAUAUCGAAUUCGGAGCUACCCGAUUUCGCUGAUCACAGUUUUCGGGAGCUUGGACUCUCUAUCACGAAGCUCAAACUCAACUUCGACAACUUAAGUGAAUUGAAAGAAAGUGCCUUUACUAAGUUGGAUCUAGUUGACUACUUCAGCUUGGCCGAUAAUUCGUUGUCUGAAAUGCCGCGACAUGUUCUUAGACAUCUUCCUCACGUCAAGACAGUCGACUUAUGCAGGAACAAGAUAACCAAGUUGACGGAAGAAGAUUUUAAAGACAUUCAAGAAGUGGAACACUUGCUUGUUGCUGAUAAUCAGAUAUCAAAGAUUGAAAGACAUGCAAUACCUAAACGGUUAAAGCACGCUCACCUUGGUGUCAACAAACUAAACUCUUUAAACGGAGCUCUUCGUGAUUUAGAUAGUUUGGAUUGGAUAUUUAUAAACGCUAAUCAUUUGAAGUCCAUUGAUAAUGAACUUCCUGUGAAGGCGAAAAAGAUCGUUCUCAUUCAUGCUGCACACAACGAGCUAACGAACCUACCAAAAGAUCUUCGACAAAUGCCGUCCCUGGAGUCUUUGUACUUUUACGAUAACAACAUAAAGUCACUUGAUGGCGCUUUACAAAAAUCAAGAAGAUUAAAAACAAUAAGUUUAUCUUUCAAUAAGAUCGAAUCACUUGCUGAAGACGAGUUUUCUGAAGCAGAAAUGUUAGCAGAUUUAGAUAUCGGCUAUAAUCAGUUAAGAUCUUUAAAUGGGUCUUUAAGAGCCUUAAGAUCGCUUCGAUAUCUUAACUUGACUCACAAUUUUCUCACGGAAUUUUCUUUACAAGAAAUCAAAGGCUUAAGGGGACUAGCCGUUAUUGACCUUUCUCAUAAUAAAAUAACAAAAAUUUCCGGCAGCAUAGAGAAUUUGGUGGACGUUGAAACACGCGUAAUGGAAUUGCGAUUGAAUCAUAACCAUAUACUUAAUUUGGGCGGUGCUUUGAUGGGCUUACGGGGGCUCCUGAGACUUAAUUUAAGUCAUAACCAAUUACAAAAAAUAUCCUCUGACGAUCUCAUUGGUUUAGAAGACCUUAGAUUACUUGAUGUGUCUUACAAUCAUAUAACGACAAUGGCGGAUACCUCAAAGGCAUUUUUACCGUCACUUGAAGAACUCAUUGCUCAUCACAAUAAUGUAACAACUUUGGAUAAGGAUUUCCACGGCUUUCCAUCGCUCUGUAUCGCAGACCUUUCAUAUAAUGAAAUUCAGUCUGUUAACUAUGAAGUUGUGUCGAAAUCGAGAUGUACAAUUAAUGGAGUUCCAAGUAUUUUGAAAAUUUAUCUUCAAGGGAACCCUGUUCUCUGCGAUGAGCGGCUGUACGAGUUAGUAGCUUUGUUGGAGAAUCUAAAUGCACGUGUUAGCGGCGUUUCAACCUGCGUGGCAGCUCAGACUUCAGCUCCAGUUUUAAUGCGUGCUCUUAACGAUAUAGUACCAGAUGCACCAGUGAUCGUUGUCACACACAUGGGGACUGGGCUUCGAGUUUUGCAAAGGGAAAUGCCACAGUCACAACUACCGCCAACUUACCGCCGCGUGGGGGCGCUUAUUGGGCACGUUCUACCGGAGAGAGAGGGUGGAUUGCCUGUUCUAGUUGAGCCACCAGUCACGCUUCCACCCUCGAAUACUAAUGUGGUAGUAAAAUGGCCGGAUGUGAAGCGGGAACAACCACACCCUCUCGCUGAUCACCUUCGCCUUCGUGACCUAAACUCUUCACCGCAAUAA